AUGGAUAAGGAUUUAGGAAUGCGUCCAAAACCGAAAUUUGGUAUUAGUGAUGAUGCCGAAGAUGAAAUGUUAAAUUAUCAAGAAUUAUUUAAUCGUUCUAAUAUGCAACCAUCAGCACAAGUCAUACGGGAACCAAAAGUAAAACGUCAACAAUCAAAUGAAAAUGAUGAUAAAAAAAGAAAAUCACCAAAUGUCGAUCUUACUGAAACAACUGUUAUGCGACCAGUUAUUAUUGAACGAGAUGUUAGUACAACUCCUAUACAAAUGCCAAUACCUGUUACAGAUUCAUUUCCAGAAGCAAAACAUCGUGGCAAUGAAGAUGAUCUUGAUAAAAUUACUUUACCAAAUGUUAAAAAAGCUUCAUUAUUUGCCAAACAAAUGUAUCGUGAUGGAAAAUUGAAAACAUGUAAAGAAUUAAAAGAAACAAAAAUAGCAUCGACUAAUCAACAUAUACCACGUUCAAGUUUAAUAACUGGUACUGGCCUCGGUGAAGUAAUUGGUGAACGAGACAUUCAACGAAUUCAUGAUGAAAAUACUGAACGAUUAAAAUCAAUGGAUGAAAACGAAAUUUUAGCAGAAAAAGACAAACUAUUAAAUACACUUGAUCCAAAAUUAAUUGCAUUCAUUCGAAAAAGAAGUAAAAAAGAAGGAGAUGAAAUUAUUCGUAUAAAUGAAAAAACAACUGCUGAAAAGAUGGAUGUAGAUAAUCAAACAGAAAAAACAAUACUUCCAAUUGAAAUUGAUUCUCGAUGGGUUCAUAUGAAUAAUAUUGAACAUGAAAAAUUAGAAUGGAUGAAAGAUUUACCAAAACCAUCAAUUCAACGAACAAUUGAUGAAACUAAUGCAGAAGGAGUUCCAGCUCGUUUUGAUUUCAAAGGUAAUUUAAUGUCACGUACAGCUGAUAUUCCUGUUACAGCAGCUCUUCAUCAUCAUGGUGAAGAACCCGAAGCUGCUGGUUAUACAUUAGACGAAUUAUUUCAUCUUUCUCGUUCAACUGUUCUUCAACAACGUGUUAUUGCUCUUCAAACAUUAUCAAAUAUAAUUCGUCAAGCUCAUACUGGUAUCUAUGAUCGUGAUCUUCAAUUACCGUUAAUACCUAAAUUAAUUGAAGCUGGUAUUCUUUUUCUUAUACGUUGGGCUAUGGAUGAACAAAUUGAAUCUGUAUAUAUGGUAGCUAUUGAAUGUUUAGCAAAUUUAAUCGCACCAAGAAAAGAUGAAGAAAUUCUUUCUCAAACAAAUCAUUGGCCAUGUGGAUAUUAUGAACCACUAUUAACACCACCAGAUAUAGAUUUAGGUGAAAAAAAGAGUGAAUCAGAUUUAACAGAUAUCGAAAUCUUAGAACAAGAUUUAAUAAAAUGUUUAUUUCGUAUGAAUGUAUUAAAACGUCUUGUUUAUUUAUUUGAUCGAAUGAAAUUAUUACCACCACCGACAAUUACUAUUCCUGUUAAACAUUCAUUUCAUAUUCUUAUACGCAUGGCAAGACAUUCAAUGACAUGUGCAAAUCAAAUUUUUGAAGAAAGACAAUUAAUGGAUUUUAUUAUUCGAGAAUUUAUUCCAGAAAUCUCUGUACCUACUGAAGAGGGACAUGUUUAUGAACAUUUACUUCCAGAAGCUUUAAAAUUUUGUCGAGUUUUAGCAAGUCAUGGAAGUACUUUAGCAUUUAAUCUUAUUGAUCGUUAUGAACUUAAUAAACGUUUAAGAAAUCAUUUAGUAACUGCAGUUAAUCUUUCAUCUUCGUUACAAGACAAUCAAACUCUUCCUGAAUUAUUAUCUCUUUGGCGUGUAUUUAUUUUACAAGGUCAUAUGGCAAACGAAUUUGGUUCUUUGAUGCCAACAGUGAUUCUACCACUUUGUCAACUAUGUAUUCGACAAAUGCCAAAUAUGAUUAUUAGUCAAAUAUUAGUUCAACUUAUAACAUUAUUUGAUGCAUUAAUAAUACAUGUUACAAAAUUUAUUUCCAAACAUCGAAAUACAUCCGAUGAUUUAUCAAAUGUUGUCAAUUGGUCACAUAUUGAUGGUCUUUUUGAUAUGAUUUUAACAAUUGGAAAACAAACGAUGAUAGAAACUGAUGAACAAAUUGAUCUUGAUGCUCUUCGAACAGUAUGUUUAUCAUGUUUAGCAUCAUUUUUAACUGGUCAACAACUAUUGAUGAUCAAUUUAUUAGAUCUUCCAAUAAAAGUCAAACAAAUUCGUGAUCAAUUUUUUGAACCUAUUCUUCGUCUUAAAUCAAUCAAACGACUUAUUGAAAAUGUUAAAUUUGAAACAGCAAUAUCUUCAACAAAUUCUGCUAUAAAUCUUCCAGCAUUAACACAAAGAAAUAUAUCUCCAUUUGGUUUUCUAACUGCUUUACUUCGUUUAACAAAUAUUAUCUAUCAAAUAGAUAAAUCAUUAGCUGUUACGAAGAAAUUUAUUAGUCAAUUAAUGUUAACAAAAAAUAGUGAAAUUGUUGUUUAUAUUAAGAAUAUGUUAAAUAAAUUAACCUCAACAAGAACACGUAAAACACCAUGGUUUGAACAAUUCGAACAUAUAUUUUUAUUUCAAUUUAUUCAAGUAAUUAAACAAGAAAAAUUUGAGAAUGAUUUACCAUCAGUUUAUUAUGAAAUACUACUUUCAUUAUUACCAUCACUUUUAAAAGGUUAUCAUUAUCUUGCACAAGAAAUUUUUAAAUUUGUUUUCUUCGAUUUAUCUUAUUGGAAAAGAUCAAAUGAAAGCGAAUUAGCUGAUUUAUCAUUAAUUACACAUGAAACUCUUUGUUUAGCAUCAAAUGAAUCUCUAACUAUAUCUUCAUCUCAUCGUACUUUACUUUAUGAACGAGCUAUUGAACAUUUACCAUCUUUAUAUACUUAUUAUAAGAAUAUUCUUCAUAUAAAUCAUUCAUCAAUUGAUUUGAAUAUAUGUGAUAUUCAUUUUGGAAAUUUAUUUCAAACAGAUGAUUUAUUUAAAUUAAAUAUUCAUUAUUCAUAUACAUUAAUUGAUGUAACAUGGCCAUAUGGUUUACUUUCAUCAUUAUAUACGAAUGUUUUAACUAUUAAGGAAGAUGAUAAACGAUUGGAAGUUAUAUUGAAUGCAUUACGUUUUGUUUAUAUAUUAGAAAUGAAACAUAGUUUAAUAUUAUCUAAAAUGUUAACCAAAACAACACGUUUUUCGAUGAUUGCAGGCAUAUAUUUACUUGGUUCAGAUAUAUUUCUUGAAAAAAAUAUUGCAGAUUAUCUUGUUGCCUUUUUAAAUUGUUUUAAUGAACAACAUUUAUUACAAAAACUUGAAACAAGAAGUACUAUUCAAUCAUUAAUGACAUUUUUUGAUUUUUAUCGUUCACUUGUUGAUCAAUACGAAGCAUGUUCAUUUGGUGAUAUACUUUAUUCAAAUUAUCUUCUUGUUCCAUUACAACAAACAUAUGAUAUUCAAUUACGUAAAGAAGUUUGGAUUGAACAUUCAACUAUCUUAAAAUAUAUUCGAUUAAAACCUGAUCAACUUUUAUUUUCACUUGAAACAUUUUUUAUACCAUAUGAAAAUGAUCUUGAAAUGAUUCGUUAUUAUGCUCAAGUUUUAUUAACUGGAACAAUUCAAAAUACAAUUCAACCAUUAUUAUAUAUGAUUGCUGUACAUCAUCUUAAUGCAUUCCUAUUUGAUCAAACACGCUCUGAACAAUUUAGUAUACAACAAACAAUUAUAAAAAAUUUACAAAUUGUAUCAACAAAUGAAAAGAAAUUGUAUGAAAGUAUUAUCAAUUAUAAAACAUUUUCACGAGAUGGACCUGUUAUGUUUACAACCUUACCAUCAAUUCGUAUGAAUUGGUUACAAAAAUUGCUACAAUGA